AUGAUGGUAAAAACAGGAUCUUUGAUAAUAACUGUGCAGUGCCCCACUCUGGAGAGUCUUGCAAGUCUGUGGAAUGGUUACUGUUCUGGUUACCUUAAUGACGUUGUUGAGAGUUUCCUGGUGACUGAUGAACUGAAGAGAAAGCUGGGGUUGAACAAUGUCAGGUUGAAGACAACUAUAGAAGGAGAAAACUACUUAAUUUGUAAGAAGGCGUUCAUGGAAAACUCAGGUUAGUUGGAAAGUCUCGAUAGAGCCUGUUUUGGGGAACAUCUAUUUUGGCUUGUCAGAUGUGCCAAAAACAAAUGGAUAGUAAGUGGGUGAAAUUGUUGGCUGGAACUUUUUUUACUCGCGGUCCGCAGGUUUGAUAGUGCAAUAACCCAGCUAAAUGUUACCGCCUUGGCUGUUUACAAUAACAAUAACGUAGGUGCUAAGAUUUUUUCUACCAGGCCCUUGGCACUCGGUGCACUACUUUACUAGUAAAUAAAGGGGGCAUUCAGAAACUAAUGGAGGUCAACAACAAUCAGUACACGUCCCUAGCUGGAAGGAUUAGGCUGCGUGCAAACGGACGCAACAUUGUUGUCCACCAACUCCCAACAUUAUUGGAUGUUACAUGUCGCGUCCGUUUGCACACCCUGUUGUAUGUUCUUGGAUGUUGUUGCGUGUUGUUGCUCAAAGUUUGAAACCGGUCAAACUUUUCAGACGACAACUCCCAACAUUUCUUUUGUUCCGUGAUCGCCGAAGCGUAGCGCAACAAUGUUGGAUCCAUUUGUACAGCUCUUCCAACAUUGUUUGGGCCACCCACGCUCAUUACGCAUGGUUUACAAAGACUUAUGGGUGGUAUCCUUCCCACGAUGCACUGUAGGUCCCAACAAUGUUGGGAGUUGUUGCAUCCGUUUGUACACCACUGCCAAUUCCCAACAUUGUUGGCGCAACAAUGUUGGGAGUUAUUGCGUCCGUUUGCAUGCAGCCUUAGGAUUGCAGUGGAGGGAGCAUCUUCUCAAAGUACUCGUCACUCGUGUUCUUGUUCCUGUUUCAUCUAACUCAGCUGCACAGCUUAUGUGGCGUGCAUAACAGCCUUUCUUCCCACAGCUACAGCACUUUAGAAAGUAGAACUCUGAAUAUAAAGAAUGACUAGAAAGAGCCGUAUUGUUAAUUAUACGUGAGACAAAUUGGAAGUGAUAUCUGUUUGAGGCCGACGUCGUGUAUUAAAUGAUCAAUUUUGACAUUACUUUACUAGGAGUAGCAAGUAUCACCGAAACUUCAUUUCAAACAGUUGAUUCAGGUCAGGUAGAAGAUACAAGGUGGAGUGAAGCAAGCUCAGAUGUUGAGAAAGUAAGA